AAUGCCAAACUCUGCGAUUACUAGAGAAUCACUGAUGUCACAUUUAAGCUUGGAAACAAGUUCAUCUGAAAUUACCAUGACUAACGAACAGGUUUCAACAGAAAGGUCAGAGAAGACCACAGAAGGUGAAACAGAAGAACCUGAGCUCUCUACAUCAGAAAUUCAGAACAUGACAUCACUACCAAAUUCAACCAUAGCUGCAAUCUUAGAAUCAACUUUGAGAAAUAAUGCUAUGAGUACUUCAGAAGCUUCGUCAGAAAGUCCAGAAGAACCCGCUACAUCUUAUCCCCAAGCAAUGAGUGAUUCCACACUAUUUUCAAUGCCCAACUCUGCGAUUACUAGAGAAUCACUGACGUCACAUUUAAGCUUGGAAACAAGUUCAACUGAAAUUACCAUGACUAAGAAACAGGUUUCAACAGAAAGGUCAGAGAUGACCACAGAAGGCGAAACAGAAGAACCUGAGCUCUCUACAUCAGAAACACAAAAAAUUACGUCACUACCAAAUUUAACCACGAGUGCAAAUACAGAAUCAGCUUUGACAAAUAAUGCUAUGAGUACAUCAGUAGCAUCGUCAGAAAGUCCAGAAGAACCCAUUACAUCUUCUCCCAAAGCAAUGAGUGAUUCCACACUAUUUUCAAUGCCAAACUCUGCGAUUACUAGAGAAUCACUGACGUCACAUUUAAGCUUGGAAACAAGUUCAUCUGAAAUUACCAUGACUAACGAACAGGUUUCAACAGAAAGGUCAGAGAUGACCACAGAAGGUGAAACAGAAGAACCUGAGCUCUCUACAUCAGAAAUUCAGAACAUGACAUCACUACCAAAUUCAACCAAAGGUGCAAUUAUAGAAUCAACUUUGACAAAUAAUGCUAUGAGUACAUCAGAAGCAUCGUCAGAAAGACCAGAAGUACCCGUUACAUCUUCUCCCCAAGCAAUGAGUGAUUCCACACAAUGA